GGCAUGGGGGUGGGUGGGGUGGGGUGUUGUAUGUUUGUUUGUUUGUUUUUUUUUUUUUUCUCUCAAAUAAAAAACAGGAAAAAAUAUCAAUGAAAUAUGUUGAUUACCGAUACUCAUGUGCUUCUUUGAGCUGAUUGGAAAUUAUCAAAUACAGAGAAUUAGAGAUUAUGAGGAGCAGAAUGUGCUUCACAAGUCCAGGAGUAUGAAAUUGAAUAAAGUGCUCUGCGGAAAUUGGGGGAAAAAAGCUGUUUAGUGGGUGGUUAAUUUUAAUAGAAUAUAAUAAACUUCUUUUAGCAGCUUGGCAAGGGUAUAUGAAUAUAAUUUUAUUUUUUAUUAUGUAGAAAACAAAUUGCAUAACUAGUUAAAACAUGAUCUCCUAGUCUCAGUCAUCAGUGGCACAACUACGGACCAUCUGAUGCAUGUUGUGAAAAAAGUUCUGAAAAUUUAUUCCAAACCUGUUGACCAAUACUUUAUAGGGAGCCAGGAAAAAUUUGUUCACAAGCUCAACAGUAAGGAUUUUUUUUUAUUUUUUUUUAUUUUUUUAUAAAUCUUCUGGUUCAGCCAGUUCAGUAUUUCUGUUUACUAUUUAUGUGCCCUCCCACAGAAGAAUGGACCAUUUUAAUGUUUUUUUUUUUCUUUAUAUAACUAGUUUUUAUUUUAAACUUUGUUUAGCAAAAAAAAUUGCACCUGGAAAUUAAUCACCUGCAAUGUCAAUAAAUUAAACACUUUUGCAGGAAAACAAUGGCAUAUGGUGCGAGACAUACUGAUAAAUUUUUAGUUUUUGCAAAUUUGUUAAGACCUCAUCUAUGUUAGCCAGCUAGAUAACAUUAUCAUGGUAACAAAUCAGCAGCUUGCAAUGUUGAAUGCAGUGUUGGGGUGACGCAUUACAAGUAACGCGAGUUAUGUAAUCAGAUUACUUUUUUCAAGUAACUUGUAAAGUAACAAAUUACUUUUAAAUUUACAACAAAAGGUCGGAGUUACUUUUUCAAAUAAGUAAUGCAAGUUACUUUGUUUUCCCAUGUAUUGACAGCUCUACUGUCCCCAUAUUGAGAGAAAUUGUGAGUACAGAAGCGUUGUGUGCGCUGUGUGAACAUGAUGGUUAUUCUAGACUAGACUAAAUGUGAGCAUACAUUUACUCAUUUACUACUACUCCUGCAUCCUAUUCUUCUGUAUUCCAGAAUGGCAGCACAGCUGAAAGGCUUGUUUGUUUGAGCUGCGCCCUCUACUGUACAGGCGUGAAUUUGCAUUUCCUUCAGCCUAAGGGUUAUUCAUUUCACUUUUGGUGUGGAAGGGCCUGUACAUUUGCCAAAAAUAGAACCUUUUUUUUUGUUAUAAAAACAAACAAACAGCCCAGCCCAGAUGAGAAAAAGUAACGCAAAAGUUAAGUAACACAUUACUUUCCAUAAGAAGUAACUAACGCAAUUAGUUACUUUUUAGGGAGUAACGCAAUAUUGAAAUGCAUUACUUUUAAAAGUAACUAUCCCAACACUGGUUGAAUGUGACGUUAAUGGGACCAAGUCUUAGCAAGUAUAUAAUAUACUCAAGUGUAGUUUUAUAUUCUGCUUUGUUCAGUGAAAUAGUUCUCAUUACUUUGGAGAGAUCACAAAGACUACAAAUAUUUUCUACUGAUUUAUUCAGGGCUGUAUCUAAAAGCAUUUAUGGAACGGAAAUGGCUUUAUAUGAAUAAACUACUACUAAUGAAUGAAUAGACACAUGUUCUGUUGGCUUAUUAGUGACCAUCUUUAUGGCUUCAUUAUUUUUGAUUUUCACCUAUGCCCCAAUAUUAUGUCUUAUAGCCAGCUCUCUAACCAUCUUUAUUAUCACCUUUUUUCUUUCUCGCACAUCAUCUUUGAUUUAAUGCCAUUAUAACUUUCUAAGCUGCCCUAUCAGCUGCUCUCUCUUUCCUUAUAAACAGUCCUCUCUCUCUUUUCUGUCUUUGCAACUGUAACUCCCACGCUUUUAAUGUCAUUAACAGGUGCUUGUCCAAAAUAGACCCCUUGCCUGUACGCGCACACGCAAACAUCCAUGGAUCAGCUGACAUACACCCGACUUUAUUUCUCACACACAUGCAAAACUCACACUGACCUACACUGAAAAAUUAAAAAUCUCUCCCUGCAUAGAAAGCUCUUGCUUGGACCAUCUACUCGUGCUUAAGCUGUCAUACAUUAAAAGUAUCUUCAACUUGAUUGCAUGAGCCCCCCACUUUUCUCCACCCUCUCUAUCUCUUUUUUUUCUCUCUUGCUCUCUUUGCGUCCCUCCUUCUACUCUCUCAGUUGAGUUUCAUGUAUCUAGUCAUCAGAUCUGCACCCACACAGAACAGGUUCUUAAAAAAGGAAUGCGUCAUCUUUUCACAACUCUAUAAGGCCUCAAUCCAAUGUCUCUCAUCAAGUCGUUCUUUUCAUCUACCCAUUAUUCCUGUCUAGUUUGUUAUCAAACCUUCUCGCGUUUGUAGGCGUCAGUUAAUUCCCACUCUGCGUUCUUCAGAAAUGACCCCCUGUCACUUGAAUUUCUUGCACGCCGGAUUCUUUUUAAAUCACAGACCAUUGUAAUUCACUAUCAUUUCCUGUUCCUUUUUGAGCUUUCUAUUAAUAUACUUCUCUGCGUUCUCGUUAUCUGUCGGUCCAGCUGACUCCAGACUAAUCUCUCUAGUCUCCUGUUUUUUUUACUUUAGUCAUUUCUGUUUGUCCCCUUUCUUGACUUUGCCUCUGGGAGUUUUCCUCUCUUAUCUCAAAGCUUUGUGUCCGCCAUGUGGUCCAACUUUUUUUUGCCACAAGAAGAGGAUGGGAGAGUAGGUGGACCUGGCAGUAAGAGCGGGCGUGCAGGUAAACGGCCAAGGCCCCCUCGAAUGAGUGACAGCCAGGAGGGCAAAAUCAAGCUGGCAUUUUUCAUCGCCCUCAUAGGCGUGACUCUGACGGUACUUGGCAUGGGCACAGAGUUCUGGGUGGAGGUAUCCCAGCCAAAACACUUCAGGAACAAUCAGACGUGUGAGAUGGCACAUUACGGCCUUUGGAAAUCAUGCAUUCGCACGCUAUGGGUGUCAGAUAUUGACCCAGAGAGAGAGAGCUGUGGACCUGCAGAACUGCCUGGAGAAUCAAACUGCACAUUCUUUAAAUUCUACACUUCUGGAGAGAAUGCUGUCAUAUUUAAGAAAACGACACAAAAAAGUUUGCAUAUAACAGGUGCAAUGUUGGCUUUGUUCAGUUUGUUUCUGAUGGUCAUGGGCUCUCUGUGUAUCACUAUGUCUCUCAGUAAGAGUGUGCCCUUCUUCCUCAAGCCUGCUACCAUCUGCUUCGUCUUCUCAGGUAUCCUGGUACUGUUGUCCAUCAUUGUUUUCCACCAGUCUGUGCUGGCUUUAUUGGCAAGCGAUCACAGUAUCCCUCUCCAUCACGAGCUGUCCUGGUCAGUGGCUUGUGUUGGCUCGGCUGGGGCCAUUCUCAUUUUUGGAGGGCUUAUGUUCCUGUUGCUUUCCCUCCCCUACAACCCCUUGGACAAAUGUUUUGGUCAGCAGAGCAGUAGUGAUGGCUAGCUGUCAGAAGGACUGCCAGUGAGUUAAGUAGCAGAAGAUCUUUUAUACUCUUAUGCUGCCUGUGGAGAUUAACUGAUGUUAUAAAGGACUCUCAAAAGCUAAUGUUCAUAAUGUUUCACAAUAACCUGCAUUAGAAUUGCUUAUGAAUAAGAUUAUAGACCCUAAUACACAUACACUGAAUUUGAACUGAUAUUUCUAUGAUGGCUCUGUACAUAAAAUCAGUGACCAACAGAUCUGUUUACUCUCUUUAAAGGCUUCAUUUACACAACAUGCUGAACAUUAUGCAUUAUUCAUUUAUCUGCAUUGCUGAUUUGUAUAAGAAAGCUGAUUUGAUUAUUUGGCAUAUAUAACUGACUUCUGACUGAUGGUUUCUGCGGGUUGAAAAUGUAAAACAGUUUCUUUUUUAAAAAACAGGCCAUCUUAUCUGCGCUAAAGGCCUGUUCACACAAAGAACGAUAACUGUAAAUAUAACUAUAUGAUUAGUACCCACACCAAUAUGCAUGAUAACAUUCUGCUUAUUUUAUGCGCGCUGCAGUUUUGUCAUCUGCUGCUUUAAAUGCUUGAGCUUUUUGAUUGGCUGUUGAUAUUUUUAUCAUUCAUCAGCUGGAAAUUUUUUUCUGAAAAUGAUUCCAACAAUAUCGUUCCUCUGUGCACUUCCCUAUUCUCGUAGAAUUAAGGCCUGUUCACAUCAAGAACAAUAACUAUAAUGGUAACUAUAUUAGCAUCCAUACCAAUGCAUGAUAAUAUUCUGUUUAUUAUAAACGGCGUGCUGCAGUUUUGUUGUCUGUAGCUUAAAAUGCUCGAGCUCUUUAAAGUCACCAUGAAAUCAAAAUUAAUAAUUUUUUUACAGAAUGUUGCAGUGCUUAUUGUAAAUGAUUUAUCCAUGCGUACUAUUUAAAAAAAAAAAAAAAAAAAAAAAAAAAAAAUCAUAUGCCCUUGUAAUCUUUAAUCAAAAAUGUUCAAUUCACCUCCUCUUCGAAACGACGUCUGUUCUCUUCAUGACAUACAUAUGUCUCGGUGGAGGAUGAGGCUAAAUAUCAUGCAACUGAUUACAAACUGGCAUUCAGGUCUGCCUCUAUUUAGUUAGCAACAACCAACUUCCUACAAACCAAUCAAUUCCCAAAAGACGAAAUCAAAUCCUGCCCUACAUUUUUCUCAUUCCAGAAGCCGUUUCACUCAGAUUUACGUCACAAUAGUUGGGUGGAUUCUGAUUGCCUGUCAAUGUUUUUAUCAUUUAUAAUCUGGAAAAAAAAUUGUUCUGAAAGUGAUUCCAACGAUACCCUUCCUGUGUCGUUAUCGUUAUAGCUAGCUUCCUUAUUGUCAUAAAAAUAGAACUAGAAUUAGAAAUGUAUUAAAACUUUAUAGUUAUAGUUAUUAUGGUUAUAGUUAUCACCUUUUUUUGAACGGGCCUUUAGAUGGCUUGUGAACCAUCGUAGCCAUGCUGUUUACUAGCAAAACUUGGCAGGUGAGCUUCGUUGACCAGAAUUAUCUUUAUGGUGAAGCUGGUUGACCUUGACCAACAAAGUCUUGCUAGUUAAGCUAGUUAAAAAGCCUAAUGGGGACAUCAGCACAUUAGCAUUACAACAUAUGCUGGUGACCAGCUACAGUGAUCCCAAAACACUUUUGGACACAUUUAAAAAUGUGAAAGUAAUUUUUAACAUCUAUUGUUUUAUAAAUCUAGCAACUUUUUUGUGCCAUCUUUGUUUGAUAUUUUGCUAUAUAAUGCAAUGUUUAUGCAUUUAAAUGUCCAAAUACUUUUUGGGAUCAUUUUAUACUGGCCUAUUCUGCUGGGUUUUCAAUUAACAAAGUAAUCAGCAGAUUAAAUAUCAUAGAUUUCCAUGCAUAGAUUUAAUUUACAUUAUAUAAAUGUAAAAUAAUGCUUAAAGGGUUAGUUCACCCAAAAAUGAAAUUUCUGUCAUUUAUUACUCACCUUCAUGCCGUUCCACACCCGUAAGGCCUUCGUUCAUCUUCGGAACACAAAUUAAGAUAUUUU